CAUCAUCCUAUUGUUCUCUUCACUCCAGGUGGACACCGCGUGUCCAGGUUUUAUUAUAUCUACAUAUCUCGAGAAGUCGAUACCCCUUCCUCGUCCCACCCACCACAGACAAGUACUGGUUACUUAGUCCUACUUCUCCGUCUGUCGCUGCGCAGCUUUCUUCCUCACCACAUUCUUCGCUUUACAAUGUCCUCGGCGGCGGUUUCUAUCUUCACAUACCCCUUCCCUCCGCCAACUACCAAUACCCUUGAUUCCCAUCAGCGUGCUCGCCUUAUUCGCUCGACACGCAAACUUGGGUCACUUCUGGGCACAACGCCGUUCCUCCUCGAGGGCGACGCCACUACGGUGCUUCCUGCCGCGGGAAACACGAGACACACCUCGAAGGCACUUAAGCGCCAAGGCUCUAUUUUCAACUCUCGUCGAGCAGACCUGGCAUACGUGGCUUCCCACAGCCCGACGUCAUCUGCGGCAUCUUCGGUAUCUUCGCUCGUUUCCUGUGCUCCGGACAGCGCAUCAGGAAGACAGAGCUUGGAGCUACCGUCGUCUGGUGUAUCUAAAAAACUCACUCGUCAAUUAUCUACCAAGUCCCGUCCGCUAUACUUGCGCUUAAACGUUGUCCCUGUCUCACCGUCAGACACGCGCUCCGUUCCCCCUUCUCCCAUCACUUGUCCAUCAACUGGUGACUCCCCACUUUCACCAUGCUCACCUGCUGCCUCCGUUCCCGACCCCGCGGAGAUGCGGCGGAAACGUGUGGCUAAGCUCUCUCGCCACCUUGGCGAGAAUAUCCCCCCGGAAUUGGUCCCUGCUCCUGAGGCGCACCCGAUACCCAGGUCUUCUCACACCCAGUCACCACCUAAAAAAAGCGCGUCUACUAGCUGUGUUAUCCCAAAGGACGUACCGUUUGCACCCGUUGAGGUGUUGCCCUCUCAACACGUGUGGAACCAAGAUUGGGUUGGCCAGUGGAACCGUUCGGAUAUGCAAGAAGUGCAGAGGGAGCUUCGCAAUCUGAAGGCGCAGUAAAGGUUAUCUGGCUUAAACGUUUUAGUUGCUUCACUUGGUUCCGACAUUUUCAACUUUCGUGAUGAUUUUAUGACUUGCCGAUUUUGCGCAAGACCUCGCACUCACUAGACCCCUGUAACAUGUGUACUUUUACAAUAGGUUUCUGAGUUGAUACAUGCCUACAUACAUAUGCGAUACCAUGCUAAUCUGUUCAAUACGACUCUUCUGGACUACGAAUACCGUACAUAUAUCGUGGUAUAUAAUGGAUGUGCGAGGCAAUGCCAGCAC